UCCACAAAAAUGGCUUUUCAGAACAGACUCAUAAUCCUGUUUCUCAAGGACUAGGAAAGAGCUACAUUCGGAGAUCUCAGCCAUUUCGAUAAAAUUGAAUGUAAGAUAUGGAAUAGGAAAAUUCGGAGCGUGUGGGUGUGUUCUCGACGACCCAGUUAUUGAUUUGUAAAACAGAAGAUGGGUAUGAUGUUGGUCCACAGACCCAGCGGUCUGAGCACCCGGCGCCUGCUUCUCUCCUUUCUGUUUGUUGCAGCCUGGGACGCUGGGAGCGGCCAGGUCCACUACUCGGUCCCGGAGGAGGCUAAACACGGCACUUUCGUGGGUCGUAUCGCUCAGGACCUGGGGCUGGAGCUGGCGGAGCUGGUGCCCCGCCUGUUCCGGAUUGCAUCCAAAGGCCGCGGGGACUUUCUGGAGGUAAAUCUGCAGAAUGGCAUUUUGUUUGUGAAUUCUCGGAUCGACCGGGAGGAGCUGUGCGGGCGGAGCGCGGAGUGCAGCAUCCACCUGGAGGUGAUCGUGGACCGGCCGCUGCAGGUGUUCCAUGUGGAGGUGGAGGUGAAGGACAUUAACGACAACCCNAGGCGCCCAAGGCCUCUUCGCGGGCGUUGUCUGGCGCGGCUGGCGCAGAGACGGCGUUACCUGUUGGUGCUCACGCUGCUGCUGUACACGGCGCUGCGGUGCUCGGCGCCGCCCAGCGAGGGCGCCUGCGGGCCGGGGAAGCCCAGGCUGGUGUGCUCCAGCGCGGUUGGGAGCUGGUCUUACUCGCAGGAGAGGCGGCAGAGGGUGUGCUCUGGGGAGGGGCCGCCCAAGACCGACCUCAUGGCCUUCAGUCCCUGUCUUCCGCCAUGUCAGCAACCAGAAGUGGAAGUGGAAGAACAGUCUAUUGAAGGCGACCACUCUAUCAAGGAUGUCGUUGUUCUCCAAGGAGAGGAUUGUUUGAACGGAAAAAAGUAA